GCCAAUACAAACCACACCAGAAGUCAGAAAGUCAAAAUUCAGCGAGGGGACAUAACGGGAAGGCUGAAAUAUCCAGUUCUCCUAAGAGUUCCUUUCAUUCUUCACCGGGAAAAGUGAAAUUAAACUCUCGGACAUUUUUAACACUGUCUUAGCGGUGAGUUUUGUGAGGGAAAAGGAGGUUAAUUGGACUUAAGGACUUGUUGGCUUCUUUCUCCGGCAUUUUUACGCGCUUUUCAUGCGCAGCUGUCUGCGCACCUGAGUCCCCAUGGCGUCAACGUGACUCCAAAUCGUCUGAGCAACUAAACCAUCACGGUGACAUUGCCUGCCGGUGACAUGCCUGCUGUGGUGAACCUUGGAGCUCUUUCUUACUGUGGAAUAACCACUGGAGUCCAGGUGUCACCGGGGAGAGCUGAUGUGGCCGUUUGGAGGAGCGCACCAGUUUGAUGUCAGCUGGGAUUUGACAGAGAGCAGGAGUCUGGGAUGCAAGAUAAACCCUAGAGAGACAAUCCUCUGCUUCUUUUACCUGGAUUCAACCCGGAGUCAUGGCCUCUGAGGUGGUGUGCGGGCUGGUCUUCAGGUUACUGCUGCCUGUUUGUCUUGCAGCUGCUUGCCUGUUCAGGUACAAUGUCCUGUCCUUCGUCUACCUCAUCUACCUCCUGCUUAUUCCACUCUUCGCAGAGCCCACAAGCACAACAAUGCAGGGACACACAGGGCGUCUGCUGCAGUCCCUCUGCUUCACCAGUAUGUCCUUCCUGCUGCUCCACAUCAUCUAUCAGAUUACAGUCACCAGCCUCCUGGCGGGGGACUCCAUCACCUCUGAAUUCAACUGUUCGUCGUGGGAGAAAUCCAUCAGACAAAUCGGCUUUGAGAGCGUGAUUGGUGCAGAUGCAGGCAACGGCAUCCGAGUGUUCAUCCCUGACAUCGGCAUGUUCGUGGUGGGAUUGGCCAUCUGGCUGCUGUGUCGUAGUCUGGUCCAGAAGAGGCCGCCUGAGGACAUGGCCCAGUACAACACAGACUUUGACGCAGAGGAACAAGAGGAAGAGGAGAAGCUGAGCCUGGACGACAACAUCCUGCUCGAGGAAGACUUUGAGGCAGGGUACGAGGCAGAGGAGGAUGAAGAAGAUGAGGAGCUGGAUGAAGAGGAAGAAGAGGAAGAAGAGGAGGAGGAGGCGAAAGAGAGCACCAAGAUGAAGAUCCUGCGGAUUGUUGCGCAGGUUGCAUCCAAAGUGAAGGAGGUUAUCGGGAACUUGAUCACCACUGCCGGGCAGGUGGUGGUCACCAUCUUGUUGGGCAUGACAGGCGUCAUGCUGCCCUCGUUGACCUCCGCUGUUUACUUCUUCAUCUUCUUGUUCCUGGGCACCUGGUGGUCCCUCCGUCGGACCUUUGACACACUCCUUUUCAGCUGCAUGUGCGUACUGAUGGCCAUCUUUAGUGCUGGACACCUCAUUGUCCUCUACCUCUACCAGUUCCAGUUCUUCCAGGAGUCCAUUUCACCAACCGACAGCUACAUCAGGGAAUUUGGCAUCACUCCCAUUGUUCAGAGCAACUGCUCCUGCACAUGGAAGCUCAUUAUGCACCCCGAACGUAAGUGGUUCCACUUUGUCAAUCCCAUCAUGCUGCUGAUUCUCUACUACACCCUGGCCACGCUCAUCCGCCUGUGGCUGCAGGAACCCAUCGACCAGCUGACGGACGACAAGGACGGUGAUAUGUGCGAGGAGGAAGAUCUGGAUGGAAACAGAACAAAUCACUCGGCCAACAGGAAGAGGCAGCUGUGGUGGGAAUCACGCCAGGGCACGGACGAGAAAAAUCUGCUCUCCACCCAGGAUGGCAUCAGUACAACCGAGGCGGUUCCCACCUCGAACGGCACAUCUUUUGGCAUGAACGGACCAGUCUGUCUGGACCUGUACUCAACCCCAAAGUAUAAAAUGGACCCGACUGGUGACGGUACAGAGAAGAAGGAAGAGUGUGUGUAUGAAGUGUGUCUGCCUCCGGAGGAUUCGGCAUUGGAGGAAGGAGAGGAGAAGUCUGAGGACACCGAGGAAGGGAUGACGAAAAGAGGAGUCGGUGCGAUGGUCAAAAUCUUCCACUUCAUCAUGAAACAGAGCUACAUCUGUGCUCUCAUAGCAAUGAUGGCGUGGAGCAUCACAUACGUCAGCUGGCUGACGUUCGUCUUCCUCAUCUGGUCCUGCGUGCUGUGGAUGGUUCGGGACCGGAGGCGUUACGCGAUGCUGUCCUCUCCCUUCAUGGUGGCCUACGGCAACCUGCUGAUAGUGCUGCAGUACAUCUGGAGUUUUGAGAACAGGCAAAGCGUCUCAGGGCUGUUUGUCAGGAAGAAAAACCCUUUCCACUCGCUGUCAUCCAAGGUUCUGUGUCUGUUGAGCUUCUGGCUGCUGCUGAGACAGAUGCUCACAGAGAGAGAGGAAAAACUAAAAGAAGACAGCGCUGGUCUCUCAGAAGUUCAUGUGGAGGAUCAGAAGAAGAAGGAGGAGGAGGAGGACCCUGAGGAGGGAGGGGAGCAGGACAUCAUGCAGGUUCUGGGCAACAUGGUGAUGGCUAUGCUGGUGAAAUACUGGAUCUACAUCUGUGGCGGCAUGUUCUUCUUUGUCAGCUUCGAGGGAACCAUCGUCAUGUACAAAAUCAUCUACAUGAUGAUGUUCCUCUCCUGCGUGGCGCUCUAUCAGGUGCACUUUGAGUAUUGGAGGAGGAUCCUGAAGUACUUCUGGAUGUCGGUGGUGAUGUACACCAUGCUGGUGCUCACUCUGGUCUACACCUACCAGUUUGAAACCUCACCAAACGUCUGGUCCAACAUGACCAAUAUGGACAUAAAGAGCUUGAAGGACCUGGGUUUGGAGACGUUUUCUGUCUCCGAGCUGUUCACAAGGAUUUUCAUUCCCACGUCCUUCCUGCUGGUGUGUAUUCUCCACCUGCACUACUUCCACGACCGCUUCCUGCAGCUCACUGACCUGCAGGCUGUGGUGGCCAAAGAGGAGAGCACUAUCUACAGGCUGGUGCACCUCGAUGGCAGCCUGGCAGACCUCACCAUGCUCAGCGUCAGCUCAGCGGAGGCAACACUCUCCAGAGAGGAGCAGGAGCCGCAGGACAAGCAGGAGGAGCAGAAGGAGAAGGAGGGGCAGGGGGAAAAGGACUGGGUGACAGAGAAGGAGAAGGAGGAGAAAGACCAGACCCUGGUUGUGGUGUUGUGUGACACUAAAACGACUGAAGAGAAGCCCAGGACUUUCUCUGACGGGCGGCAGUCCAGCACGGACGAGAGCCACCACUGCAGCACUGGGGGCGAGCCGGAGCCGAGCACGGAGCAGAGCUCAGAUCUGAAGAAUAAAUGGCACCUGGUGGUUGACCGCCUGACCGUGCUCUUCCUCAAGUUCCUGGAGUAUUUCCACAAACUGCAGCUGUUCAUCUGGUGGCUGUUGGAGAUCCACAUCAUUAAGAUUGUGUCCUGUUACAUCGUCAUGGUGUCUUUCGAAGAGGUGUCUUUGUUGAACUGUGUGUUCCUGGUGUCCUGGGCCUUCGCACUGCCUUACAGCCAGUAUCGACCCCUUGCCUCCAGCGUUUGCAGCGUCUGGACGUGUGUCAUCAUCGUAUGCAAAAUGUUGUACCAGCUGAAGUCCAUAAAACCUAUAUUGCGUAAAUGUGUAAUGCCAGCUGGGUACAAAGAUGAGAUGAAGGAGGAGCUGAAGAACUCUCUGCUGUAUAAGGAACCAGUGGAUUUAGAACACUGGGUGGGCCUGAGGAAGCAAGAUGACCUGCUGGGAUACCUCAGGAACAACCUUUUGAUGCUAGCUCUGUUAGCAUUCGAGGUGACCAUCUACCGUCAUCAGGAAUACUUCAGACUGAGGAACAAACUUUCACCUCCUGCAGCCAGGAUCAUCUUCCAUGAUAUCACACGGCAGCAUCUGGACCUGGGCAUCAUCAGCUUCAUCAAAUACUUCAUCAAUUACUUCUUCUACAAGUUUGGACUUGAGACGUGCCUGCUGUUGGUGGUUAAUGUCAUCGGGCAGCGUAUGGACUUCUACGCCAUGCUGCAUGCCUUCGCUUUGAUAGCAGUGAUGUUUAAACGCAGGAGGAAAGCCAUCGCUGAGAUCUGGCCAAAGUACUGCUGCUUCCUGGCCUGCAUGAUGACAGUCCAGUACUUCGUCUGCAUCGGGAUACCUCCAUCAGCCUGCGCAGAUUAUCCCUGGAGGUUUCCUAACUCUUCGACAGACUCUAAUGUGGUGAAGUGGCUCUACGUUCCAGAUUUUCUCACCAGGCCCAAACCCACAUUCCUCAUCUACGACUUCAUGUUGCUGCUGUGUGCCUCCAUGCAGAGGCAGGUUUUUGAAGAUGAGAACAAAGCAGCAGUUCGUAUCAUGGCUGGAGACAACGUGGAGAUCUGCAGAGACCUGGAUGCAGCUUCUUUCAGCGUCCACAACCCCGUCCCUGACUUCAUUUACUGCAGGUCGUACCUGGACAUGCUGAAGGUCAUCAUGUUUAGCUACCUGUUCUGGUUCGUCCUCACCAUCAUCUUCAUCACAGGGACCACACGCAUCAGUGUUUUCUGUAUGGGUUACCUGGUGGCCUGUUUCUACUUCCUGCUGUUUGGUGGCGACCUGCUGCUCAAACCAAUCAAAAAGAUCCUCCACUACUGGGACUUCCUGAUCGCAUACAACAUCUUUGUGAUCACCAUGAAGAACAUUUUGUCUAUCCUGGCCUGCGGCUACAUCAACAAACUGGUCCAGGAAAACUGCUGGUUGAUCCAGCUGCUCAGUCUGGCCUGCACCAUCAAGGACUACAAACACAACAUAAAGCAGCCUGAAAAGCCGUGUGAGCUGCCCAGCAACGAGGCCGGCAUCAUCUGGGACAGCAUCUGCUUCGCCUUCCUGCUGCUCCAGAGACGAGUCUUCAUGAGCUACUACUUCCUCCAUGUGGUGGCUGAUAUAAGAGCCUCACAGAUCCUCGCAUCCAGAGGGGCGGAGCUCUUCCAGGCCACCAUAGUGAAGGCAGUGAGAGCCAGACUGGAGGAGGAGCGCAAAUCUGUGGAGCAGCUGAAGAGACAGAUGGAGCGCAUUAAGGUGAGGCAGCAAAAGUUUAAGAGGGGCAAGGAGAAGAUGCUGAGCAUAGCACAGGAGUCUGGAGAAGGACAGACCCUCGUCCAGCCCGAGGAGGAUGACGAUGACGGAGCACAGCGAACGAAAGCCAAGACCAAAAAAAAGCAGUGGUGGAGGCCGUGGGUUGACCAUGCUUCCAUGGUUAGAAGUGGAGACUAUUACUUGUUUGAAACUGACAGUGAGGAGGAAGCGGAGGAGGAGGAGGAGAAAAAAGACGACGAGCCGCCAAAGAAGUCAGCGUUCCAGCGAGCUAUUGGGAAGUUUGUCUCUGCUGUUCUGGCUUUGCCCAAGUCUAUCAUUAAGCUGCCUAAAACUAUCCUGCAGUAUGUGGUCAGGGCAGGAAAGUUUCUCUAUCAUGCCUGGAUCACGGACCCCAAAGCAGCACUGAGAGCACGAGGCAAAGAGAAGCGCAAAUUCUGGAAAAAAUACACCAAGGGAGUGAGACACAGAAAAAGCAAGAAAGAUGCUGGUCACGUGACAGUAGACCUUGGAGAGCUCUCAGAUGGGGGAGACAAAAGUGAGGAGAGCAAGAAGUCUGAUGGGCCAGAUAAUAUCAUCAAGCGAGUGUUCAACAUCAUAAAGUUCACCUGGGUGCUCUUCAUGACGACGGUGGAGAGCUUCACCAAGUGGAUGAACGACAUGUGCAGGGAGUACAUCGACAUCUCCACUGUGCUGCGUAUAGAGCGCUGCAUGCUGACCAGAGAGGUCAAGAAGGGAAAUGUGCCAUCCAGAGAGAGCAUCCACGUCUACUAUCAGAAGGCCAUGAGGCUCAACAUGUCCAGGCAGGCAAGCAUGGAUGCACUCAGUGAGGACGAGUCAGGCUCCUCCAGGGUCAGGAGGAGGCGAGCAGACUAUCGCAUGGAGAGCCAGGACUCCACGGCCUCCAGAGACAGCAUAUCCAGUGCCUUGACUGAGGCAACCACGCUCUUUUCUCGCCAAUCCACGCUGGAGGACCUGGACGGGAUGCCAGAGAGCAUUCCUAAAACCAGCGAGCGGGCCAGGCCCAUACUGCGAAAGAUGUACAGCCUGGACAUGUCCAAUUCAUCAAUGGACAGCUGCAGCAGCUUCGUGUCCAGUGAAGCGACCCAGUGCGUCAUGCUCUACUCAAGACAGGGCACCACAGACACCAUAGAAGAAGUAGAGGAUGAGCAGGAUCAAGGGGAAGAAAAGCAGCAGGGUCCAUGGGAGUCCCAACAGCUUGACGAGAGCGAGGGGGCCGAGGGCGGUCCCUGGAGUGACGGAGAACCCAGGGAGAGAGAGGAGGGUGAGGAGGGUGAGGGAAUGGAGAGACUGGAGGGUGAGGACAAUGAGGGCCAUGAGGGACUAGAGGGUGAGGACAACGAGGGCCAUGAGGGACUGGAGGGUGAGGACAACGAGGGCCAUGAGGGACUGGAGGGUGAGGAAGGAGUAGAGGUAACUCUAACUGAACAAGAGAGCAAAGAGAGAGGUGCGGCUCUCUGGGAGUCCUUUGGCCCAGAUGAGGGUCCCUCCCUGAGGCAGGAGGAGGUGGACUCAGCCCCCUCUGGCCAGGAGAGGGACUUCAUCACUGAGAGUGAGGACGGGGGAGGAGGGCAGGACUUCAUGCCAUCAGAGGGACGGGUUGGACUGCUCUACACGCCUGAUACUGAUGCUUCCAAAAUGUCUGAUGCUGACGUGCCUCCCAGCUACAGCAAAGCGGUCAGCUUUGACCGGCUGGAAAUCAGCGAUGACGAGAGUGACAUGGACAGGAGGAGACGUAUGGUGAUGACAUCCGACAGCCGCUCUGACAGCAGGUCAGACCUCGUGUUGCCCUCUAUGACCACUGAGCUGACCGCCAGCGAACUGCUGCUCAACAAGAUGUUUUAUGACGAGGAGCUGGAGGAUUCAGAUAAAUUCUACCAGAAGCAGCCCCUGAUCCUCCAGCUCUGUUACGCCCUCUACAACAUGCUGGUGGCCCAUUCAGAGGUGGUGUGCUACCUGGUCAUUAUCAUCAACCACAUGGUGUCUGCCUCCUGCGCUACCCUGGUCCUUCCCAUCACCAUCUUCCUGUGGGCCAUGCUGUCUGUGCCUCGGCCCAGCAAGCGCUACUGGAUGACUGCCAUCGUCUACACUGAGGCCACCAUCGUCAUCAAGUACUUCUUCCAGUUUGGCUUCUUCCCCUUCAACCAGAACAAGGUGGAUAAAAACAAACCAUACUACCCUCCUAAUAUCAUCGGUGUGGAGAAGAAAGAUGGCUACGUCCACUACGACCUGGUCCAGUUACUGGCUCUGUUCUUCCACAGAUCCAUUCUCAAGUGCCAUGGUCUGUGGGACGAAGACGACCCCAAAGCAAAGAGAGAGCCGUCUCGUCAGAGCGAGUCAGAGGACGAAGGAAAAGACAAGGAGGGGAGUGAGAAAGGAUCUGAACAAGCAUCCUCACUGUUCAAUGAGAGCAGAAGCUCCACUCACACGCUGAGAUCCAUGACAUUUGGGACGUCUAUUGAUUCAGGACAUUCUGGACAUUCAGGACAAUCAGGACAAUCGGGUCAGGUCCAGGUGCAUUAUCCGCAACAGCAGACAUACCAGCGUCGCAAGAGCUCCAGUGGAGGUUCGCACAUUUCUCACCGAUCCCUCCACUCCACUGCAAGGUCCAAGAGAGGAAGUACAGCUUCCCACAACAGCAGCCGCAAGGAGGGCAGUGUGGCCAGCGUCCACCAGAAGACACGCAAACAGAUGAUCAUUGAGAAGCUGAGGGAGCAGCUCUUCAAAGGAAAAGCUUUUGUCGUAAAGCGGUUCAUGGAGAUCUACCUUCCCAUGAGGCAGUUCUUCUAUAACUUGAUCCAUCCAGAGUACAGUGCGGUCACAGAUGUCUACGUGCUGAUGUUCCUCUCUGACACGGUCGACUUCAUCAUCAUCGUUUUUGGAUUCUGGGCGUUUGGUAAACACUCUGCUGCAGACAUCACAUCUUCACUGUCGGAGGAUCAGGUCCCAGGACCUUUCCUGGUCAUGGUACUGAUCCAGUUUGGGACCAUGGUGGUGGACCGGGCCCUCUACCUCAGAAAGUCUGUUGUGGGAAAAGUCAUCUUCCAGGUCAUCCUGCUCUUUGGCAUCCACUUCUGGAUGUUCUUUAUCCUGCCAGGAGUCACAGAAAAGCGUUUCAGUGAGAACACAGUGGCUCAGAUGUGGUAUUUUGUCAAGUGCAUCUACUUCGCCCUGUCAGCCUAUCAGAUCCGCUGUGGUUACCCCACGCGCGUUUUGGGAAACUUCCUGACAAAGAGCUACAAUUAUAUGAACCUCUUCCUGUUUCAAGGUUUCCGCCUGGUGCCGUUCCUGACAGAGCUGCGGGCCGUGAUGGACUGGGUUUGGACGGAUACCUCGCUGUCUCUGUCCAGCUGGAUUUGUGUGGAGGACAUCUACGCUCACAUCUUCAUCCUGAAGUGCUGGAGGGAGUCUGAGAAGAGGUAUCCCCAACCGCGAGGCCAGAAGAAGAAGAAGGUGGUGAAGUACGGGAUGGGAGGGAUGAUUGUAGCGCUGCUGAUCUGUAUCGUCUGGUUUCCGCUCCUCUUCAUGUCUCUUGUGAAGUCUGUAGCCGGCGUCGUCAACGUUCCACUGGAUGUCUCAUUUGAAAUCACCCUUGCUGGCUUUCAGCCCAUCUUCACCAUGAGCGCUCAACAGAAACAGCUGCAGAAAGUGACAGAGAAGCAGUUUCAUGAUUUUGUGCACUCGUACCAUGACCCUGAAGCCUUGGAGUGGCUGGAGAGCUACAUGCCGCAGGACCUCAUCAUCGCAGAGCUGAAAGGCAGCUCCAACUCUCUGUGGACCAUCAGUCCCCCAAGCAGGGAUAGCCUGGUAGACUUGUUGAACAGUACAGUGGAAAUCCCCAUCACUUUGGCCUGGUCUGUGCAGAGAAACAUCUCACUGGGUGCAAAGGCUGAAACAGCGUCUGGAAAACAUUUGGCCUACCUUACACAACAGACAAAAAAUAGACUCAUAGACCUCAUCACUGGGGUUGAGAGUAAUGCUUCUACGGUCCUUCAUGAUAUCUUCCCUCGUUAUAUCCGAGCCCCCAGUGACUCCGAGGCCAAGCCUGUCGAGGUGCUUAGCAGAGAUAAAUCAAAGAUGUUUAGCAUCACCUUGACCCUGAUGCAAAGUUCAAACGAGACAGGUCCGGUCAAGGAAUGGUGGAAGGUCAACCAGACUGAACCUUGGCUCGAUAAAUAUAAGGAGCCGAAAGCCCAGUAUGUAGAGGGUCUCGAGGUCUACAUAUUCAGUGACCAAGUCAGCCCGCCUAGUCUGGGCUUUCUGGCUGGAUACGGAAUCAUGGGCCUGUACGCCUCUGUGGUUCUGGAUGGCAAGUUUGUGCGUGAGUUCUUCAGCGGGAUCUCCCACACCAUCAGGUUCGAGGAGCUGCCCAACGUGGAUCGCACCAAGCUGUGCACAGACAUCUUCCUGGUCCGAGAGACGGGGGAGCUGGUGGAGGAGGAUAUGUAUGCCAAACUCAUCUUCCUGUAUCGCUCACCAGAGACUAUGAUCAAGUGGACCCGGGAGAAAACUGAGUGAAAGCCAAAUGAGGGGAAAUUAACAAAUGAAAACGAGAUUGUGAGCUUUCUCGUUCAGGAGCUCUGCUGGUGUGAGCAGCAGCCUGUUUACCUGCUGAAGGAGCAAAAAGCAGUGGAGGAACAGCAACUGUGUCCUCUUCAACUGAGCUCUAAUGGCAGUGAGACAUCUUUUGCUCCACAUGGAUACACUUUCUUGAGUUUUAAAACUGGUAUUUUCUACUAUUUACUGAUAAAAAAACAAACACAAUGCAAUUGUAUUAACAACAACUGAGGAAUUCACCGGUACCCGCAUUUAUCUGGCUAAACGUGGCUUAGUUUUGCAUCCAGUGGAUAAACUAGCAGAUGGUGUUUCAGUGGCAGACUGAUAACCUUUUUUGACAAUUUACUAAAUCAUUACAAGUCCUAUCCCUUCUAUAGAAAAAGGUUUUACACAAAUGUCCUCAUUUCUCUUUUCAGUUAUUUCACAACACAGGCAAAGAGAAGCUCAAACUGGCUGCAUCAUUAAUCUAUAAGGGCUUCCAUCUAAGAAGACGUGCACAGUGAUGACCACACAAGCACUAUCUCAUAAUUCUCCCCAACUGGAACGUUUAGACUGUGGGACUGUGCAAUAAGAAGCUUUCACUCCUCAGAGGUUUUUUUCCAAAGGAUGUGGACCGAGAGAAUUGGCCGGUUCUGACCAAGAAACAUGAAACACCUUUGUUUUUAAAACAAUAACAUUAUCUGACGAACUUUCCUUGCCUUAUUUUGUUUGUAUGAGACGAACUAAAACUCUUAUCAACUACAUAUCUUUCUCAGGAAGAGCUGUUUUCACAGAUAUUCAUUGUAUGAGUUAUAUGUUACGACAUGUAGGCUUUGAUGGAUCUAGAAGAGAUUGUAGAAAAGAUGAAAACUAUUUAAAUGGCAUGAAAUUUAAUGUGGAUAUUGUUCAGGUGGACUGAUACUGAGUAUGUUUACUGCACAGGUUGUAAUGAGAAAGAAAAUGUAUCGCUGUGGACUGUUAUCCCAACAGAGGUUGAGAUUAAUUUGCCAACUGUCCGAGUUCUGAAUCCUCUACAGGUUGGCUGGGUCGAGGCCAGUGGAGGGCUGUUUCUGAAUCAGGGUAACAUGCACAAGGUGGAGACUCUUGCACAUCACUUGUGAACCUCUUGCUGUUUUUAACAUUCAUGAACACAGCCGUGCUUUCAGUCAUCACAACAAGCAGACACACAAAAAAUGAUUCUUCAAAUAAAGGGCUGAAUCACGAAGCCCUUCUGUCCAAACUAUGCAUUAGAGGACAAUGUAGCAUGAUAGAAAAACUUCAUUAUUGUCAUGAUUUUCAUUACAUGUACAUACAAAGAUUAAGGGGACAGGUCAGGGUGGAUUGAAAUGUGAAAUUGUACUUGUAUGUUAAGGCAAUGUGGUAUGAUAGAGGUCCAGACAUCUGCAAAUAAAACGUCCGGAAAGGUGUGAA